AUGAAUCAGAGCGAUCGGAGCUUGAUGGAUUUACCACUGGAGAUCCAUCUAUCAUUACUAGAAUACGUGCCGAAUGAACUUCGUGCUGUUAACAAAUACUUUUACGUUCUGCAUAACCAUAGUUACAAGGAGAAGAGCUUGGCAUGGAUAGCUCAGGACAACUAUAUAUGGACCGUUAUCAAAACUUCGUUGUGUCUCUACGUCAAAAGCUUGGAUCCGCUUCGGCAGUAUGCUAGAGAAAUCAUUCAAGAUACGGCAGAACCAGGCUCUAACGUUUUGUUGUGUAAGACGAAAUACAUCGCUGAUUCAUGGUAUAUAGUAUACAAUGCACUGCAAUAUCCUGGAAAAAUAAUCAAUAUAGAAUGGCACAAAUACAACAAAAAAUAUCAGAGUUUAAGCACGGAAGAUUCCAAUAGUAGCUUUAGUAAUCGGCCCAAGGAGAGAACUCUCAUGCAGUCGUUGACUGCAAUACCGGUUGACUUUUGGUCCAGAAGGAAAGACGAACCUACACCAGUGAACGUUUGGUUUUAUGUGAAAAAUGCGCACGUUGCCAGAUACAUACCGAAAAUUAUUACAGAAAUAGGCAUAUGCAACUAUGGGCCGAAGCAGAUCGUGGCAAGUGCAGGCUAUAUUAAUGAACUGAUAACAUCUGAAGGGACGUACUGUAUUAAUUUAGGGCAUCUUCCUAGGUUGUACAAUGAACAAAUUUUUGAAGGUACCGGAACGACACACCUCCCCCUGGAGUUGAAGACCAUUGAUAGAACAGACUCAGAUGUUUGUAUCAAUGGGGAUUUAGUAUUGCUAGGUUAUGACUUUAUUCCGUACCAAAUAUCGAAACCGUGGCUACUCUUCAGAAUUGAGCAGGUAAAUGGCAUUGAGGCAAUUUUCAACUAUAGCGAAUGUUCUUUUUCAUAUAAGUUUGCGUGGAGCUUGGCCUGCUUGCAAUCUGAAGAGAAAAUCAAACUUCCUAAAGAUACGAUUAGCGGUCACAGUUCAUCUUAUAAGCCUUCCAAAUUGAUAAGAAGUUUUGUUUACAAGCAUCCGGAACAAAAACAAGACCUUGAUCAAGAAAUAGCAUUGCCCAAUUGGAAUACUCCUUAUCUUCGAAGAUGA